AUGGUUCUCAGAGGCAAUGAGAAGCGCGCCUCCUUCAGGCAACAGUGCCGUGAGGCAUUGACAGCCCAUACACAUGACCGACUUGGGAUUGUUGUCGCUCCCAGACAAGUGCAUCCAAAGCCAUCAGCUGCAAAUAAUUACGCUUGA